AUGAAUAUUAUCUGCAACAACGAUUUUGCAUGCGUUUAUGUCUCAGACAACAUGGCUGUGGUGGCAGGAAUGGGACUUGGAGUAUUACUAGUGCUGAUAUUUUGGGCUCUUGGUAUUAUAGGAUGUGUCGUUUUGUCAAGAGCCUCAGGGGGGUUGAAGUAAGUACUACAACAAUCUUUGGAGAACGGUGCUCUAGUGUGUCUUUCCCCGAUAUUUUUCGUCCUAGUUCUUAGUUAUGUUCAUAACUGUGCUAAGAACAACGUGAGAGAGUAACUGUAUUCACUUACAUAAUGUGUUCUGUAGAAAUGUCUCUGAGUUGAGAAAUUUCAUCCAUAAGUGCUGCUACGAGCAGUUUUUCCCGGCCAGCGUCUUUUCGUGGCCAAUUGUGAACACCCCAUCACAUUAAAUAUCAGUGCAUUGUAGAGAAUUUCGUAAAUUUCAUAAUAUUUCAGAACAUGAGUUAAUAAACUCAGCAAUAUUGAAAAUUUUGAAUCUGUCAGCAAAAAUUUUCCGAUGACAUUUCCUUGUAGCAACAACGAAAAGAAAAUCAAACAUGUUUAUUGCGUGAAUUCAAUAGAUGGCGCCAUCAUUGAGAGUUUUUUCUUCCUUAUCAAAUACAUCAAAUAGAUUCUGUGUUGCUGUAGGUCUGUCCAGAUCACAGACACAAGAGAUGAACAAAUGUGGUAAGAACAAAAGUGAAACACUCAGCUGGGCUUCCAGUGCCACUUUUUUAUUAUUGCCACAUUUUGAAGUCAUCUGUGAUCUUUUACUGAACAAGACCCACAGCAACAUGGAAUCUAUUUGUCAACCCUUUACACCCUAACAUCAGUGUGCAUAUUCUCCAUACUGUUCUCUAUACAUUUCCAAAGAGGCUGACAAGGAGAAUUUGUUUCACAAUCAAGAGCUGUUUUAGUUGGUGAUCAUCUCUUCUAUUCUCAUGACUUUCAUGUUCGAUUCAGGGGUGAUAUUGUAAGGAGAAAUUGGAUGCUAGUCAUUCUUAAAAGCUAAAGGGUUUAUUAGCUAAUUUUCAUAAUGGUGUUUUUCUCGUUUUAGAAAUGCAGUGGUAGGGAUAUUCUUUCUUCUUGUUCUUCUCACUGUGAUUUUGGUUCUCUGGCCAAGAAAAACUCCUGAGGAAGAACUGGCAGGAUCUACAGAAAAAAAGGUUGGUAAAACAGUGAAAUAACCACAGCUUAUAGUUUGAACCUGCUGGUGAUAGUUGAUCAUGUUGUUUGAUCAUCUUAUUACAGGUAGUUCUAAAAAAGUCAAAUGUCCUUGAUAGUGGUUGAUACUUAAUCCUUUGCCCCCCCCCCCCAAGAGUGAUAAGCAUCUAAUUUCUCAUUACAAUAUCACCCCUGAAUAAAACAUUAAGGUCACGAGAAUAAAGGAUAUGAUCACCAGCAAAGAAGCUCUUGAUUGUUACAAAAAUUCUCCUUGUCAGCACCUCAGGACAUGAACAGGGAUCAGUUAGGAGAAUAUGCAUUCUGAUGUUAGGAUGUAAAGGGUUAACCCACUUAGUGAUCUUUAAUUCUUCUGUGUUUUUCCAACAGAUUGAAGUUGAUGAACUGAUUAUUCCAAAGACAGUCCUGUUUGCGUUCAUCUGCAUAUUUUCAUUAGUAGCUUUUGUUUUCCUUCUACUGCAUUGGAUGGAACCAAUUUAUUCACCUGCCCUCACCUCCAGAAAAACCUAUGCUUUCUAAAUAGAAAAUCAUCAUUAAAAGAGCCUUGCAGAUGGAAUCAUAAGUUCUGCAUGCUAGAAACACCCAGUGAUGUGCAAUCCAUACUAGGAAAGCCUGUGCCUUGCUCACUUAUUGUCCAGGGCCCACUUUUAUGAAGGUCCUAUUCCAGUUAGUCAAAAAGGUUCCAAAGUUGAAAAGAGCUGGGCACUACAAGACUUGGCACUAUUCAUCAUCACAGGGCCUCAGAUGAAACAAUGCGAAACUAUCAGCAUUUGGAGAGGAAGUACUAUGAUGCUGUUGAAGACUGUUUUAGAGUACCACAAAGGGUAAACAGACUGUGUGGUACAAAAAUGGUACGGACUAGAUGGACUCUAAAGCGUAGAAAUGAAAGGAAGUCUUUUGCCAAAUCAAAGCAAAACAGUUCAUAACAGAUGAUCAAAAAGUUUGUCAAGAGGAAACUUGCGAGAGUAAAAACAUUUUUUUUUUUUAGCCAGAGUGCCUCUUUGUCUUUUCGUUGAUUUACAAGAUGUGCCGAGUACAGAAACCCUCUGUGAAAGGACGCCUAAGGUCAGCCAGUAUAACGGCUGUUAAUUUAUUAGAGGCUCGCAGACAUAAGUUGCAAGCUCCUGUAGCACAUGCAAGAGGAGCCUUACGUGCACGUAACUCGUCCUAUGCGCAGGCUUCGUGCCUCUUUCCCUUCCCUUGAAAUGCAAGAGAAGGAGGCUAGUUUUAGCUUAAUUAAGGGUCGGAACAGUUUGACUUUGUAAGUUUUGUUUUGUGUUGUUUCGCAAGCAAUCACAAAACAAGCGUUACAGGCAUCGAUUGAUUUUUUCGCUCAACUGACCUCUAUUUAAUUGCGAACUAAGAUUAAAAAACCAAAC